CCGCGCCUACUUCCGAGAAGGAGACGCAGCCCACAUUAAAACAAGCAGAAACCCGAAAUAACCUUUCAGAGCAGGACUGUUAGCGGUCAUCAUUUUUGGCGUUCAGACGUAAGAAAGGGCUCUUGGUUUUAGUUAACCUGUCAGAUCUGUCAUGGGUAUUACUGCAUUCCUUCUGCUGAGCAGUCUUGUCUUUCUGGCAUUUACUGCUCAAGCUCAAAACUGUCCCAGACCUCCUAAAGGAGAAAAUAUGGAUUUAAAGGGCAAUGACAUUCUUCUAACUAGUUUUCCAGAUGGGACCACAGUUACUUUUGCCUGUAACACUGGAUAUGAGUCUGCAGGAGGGUCCCCACGUAUUACUUGUACUGCUGGAAGUUGGAGCUCUCUGGGGUUGAAAUGCCAACGGAAGAACUGUGGCCCUGUGGGGGAAGUUGAAAAUGGACAGAUUGAAUAUCGUCCUGGGUCUGAAUUUGGUGAUAAAGCAGUGCUCAUUUGUAACCCCGGUCAUAUGCCAGUUGGUGGAGGAGAACUCACUUGUGGAAGCCAAGGGUGGAUGGGCAGGUUGCCUGUUUGUGAAGUGACACAAUGUGAAUCACCACCUGUUGUACAGGAUGGCACUUUCACUCCAAUUAAAGAACUCUAUGACUAUAAAGACGUUAUAGUGUACACCUGUAAAAGCGGCUAUACACGUAAUGGAUCAAGACAGUUGGAUUGUUCGGAUGAUGGAACAUUCAAGCCUGAGCCUCCAAAAUGUAUCAAGGUUGAAUGUGGGGAACCAGAGAUUUCGUUUGGACAGUGGAGUAGCGGUGCUCGGCCUCCAUAUGGAUACUUGUCUACAGUCACAUUACAGUGUAACACUGGAUACAAAAUGAUUGGAUCCGCGACUGUGAUGUGUGAGCUAAAUAGUCAGUGGUCACCUGCACUUCCUCAGUGUAUUCCAAAACCCGCAACAACUACCACUACUACCACUACAACCACUACGACCAUAACCACUACUAACCCUUCUACCCCAAAGAAACCAACAGUUCCAUCUGGAGAAGGAUGUGAAGAUCCCAAAAAGAGAAAUGCUGAGGUGAUUGUGAGCUCUCAACCUCCAUAUAGACAUGGGGCUACGGUGACUCUCAUCUGCCCGUCUGGAUACGAGCUAACCGGAUCAGGUACCCAGACAUGUGGAAAAGGUGGUCUGUGGUCACCAGGAAUUCCAGAAUGUGCACUGGACAGUGGAAGUGGCAGUGGCAGUUCUAAUCGUGUUCUUAUUGGCGUUUUGGUGGCCAUCGUCAUCGUUGGAGGCAUUGUUGUUGUUUGUUGUGUGUUUUACCACAAAAACAGCAAAAAAAAGCGCACUCGAAGAGGCAAUACUGACAAAGAUGCUACAAAUGUUGGAGAGGAAGUACUGUAGCACUCUCGUAAGCAUGGCAGCCUGGCUACUCCACGACUGCUGUCUAUAAAAACAGCUUCCUAAGAAGAAUGCCAAAGGACCAGUCUUGAAUGUACAGGCCCUCCGUGUGCACGCAUUUGCCUGAAGUUUCUGAGCAACUCUCUUAAAAUUGGUUUCCAAAGACCGAGAAACAUCUUUGGAUUGGGACAUGUUAUGCUUCAAGUGGCUUGUCUCAUGACUUUCUGUAUUCUGAUCAUUAGGAAGAAACGUAUAAAUAUUUAUCAGAAAAGCUUAAAUUCUAUGUUUAAUUUAUCUGUUGCACUGUAGUAAAGGAACACCACUUGACCAUUGUAGUUCAUUUAAACAGAUGGUGUAAAAUAAGCAAAAUUAGCACAUUGUCUGUUUGGUUGUCAUAUGGCUUAACUGAAGUUUAGCCAAAAUAAUUAGAUACCAUGUAACUACUCAUUUGGAUCAAAUAAAUUUGUUGGAACAGUUUGGUGUGUAUAUAGGACUGCUGGUUGAUGAACCAGUCCUGUACUUACGACUUGCAGAAAGAAAGGGGGGGGGAAAAAGAAGUUGGAUCUGUAAAAUGGCCCCAAACCUAAAUGUAAGGCAUCAUUAAUUGUUUUAGCUUGUGCUUCAUUUAAAUAGUUGUGAAUUUCGUAAAUGUGACCCCAGUUAUUGGGUGUAAAAACUUCCUGCAGUGUUUGGCCUCUAAUAAUGUCACCACCUUGUUUUGUUUUUUUUGAAUUUGCCAAAAUGAGUUUAAAGUCUCUUAAUGUAUGCUCAAUCAUCCAGGAAAGGAAAUCCCAAAAAGUUGAUUCUGUUCAUCUGAAGACGUCACUUGGAUGAGUGAUGAAACGUUUCUCCCACUGGAAAUGCUACGAUGAACAGAAUCAACUCUUUGGGAUUGAGUUUCAAGGUUUCAUUGACAAGGGGGAGAAAAAAAACCUUAAACUUGGAUUUCAUGUCUUUUAAACGUCUUUGUGGAUAUCAGCCUGUCACUGCAUCAGUUUUUUGUUUUUGUUAAUGAUCUUUUGACUACUCACUGUUCAGGACAUGAAGAUAAAUAUUUUGAGUAUUAGCACACUUGCCUUGCUUAAUAUUUAUUUAUUCAAAUGAAAUCUUUUUUUUCCUUUUUAAGUAGAUUUAAAUUGUUUUCUUUGGGACAAAAUUUUAUAUUAAUAAAAUGAAUGAAGACAACUGUGUGCCAAGCUCCUCUUGAUAAUGUGCAUAUAUGUACACAAGCUUUUACAGAUUUAUAAUUGGAUUAAUAAAUUCCAAAUAAAAUGAGUAAAUUAUU